AUGCGACGCGCGCUUGCGGGCAGCGGAAGUUUGCUGGCAAUUGCGGCGCUCUGGGCUGAGGUCCACCAGGCAUCGUGCAGCACCAGGGGUGAGGAUAAGGAGACCUGCUACGAUUCACGCGACUGCGAUGCUGUCUUGCUGCAGACAGCACGCAAAGAUGACUGCUUCGCGAGUCAAGCAAGCUGCAUCGAACAGCUGAACAGCACCGCAGCAGCCGAUCUGGUACCUUUGGAGGAGGUGGUCGCCGUGGCGGAAAGAGAUGGCCGAGAGCGGCUCCACGCCGGAGCGGCGCUGCGAGGGCCAGCCUGGCGCACCCGCGCCGCUCUGGCCGCUCGCUGCUCAAGCUUGGAGGCGGCAGAGUUCCCCCAGACAGAGGAGCAGCUCGAGCAGCUGCGUGGACGGAUUCGCGGCGCUGCCAGCCAGGUCAUUUUGCUUCAUGCAGAUGAGCUAGAGGAUGGAAUCGGGGCCCGCUUUAAGAAGGCGCUGGAACUAGUCGCUGCCUCGCUGGUCAUCGGCUUUCAUGCUGCGCUGCUGUCGUUGCCACCCGCGGGGGGUCUUCUGCAUCCGAUUGGCUUCGAGCGACCCGUGUGGUGUCACGAGAGCCCGGCCGAUGGUCGACCGGAUCCAUGGAAUCCCGAGUAUCCGCCGCGUUGUUGGCACUUCGAUUUGCAGCAAGACUUCCUGGCGCAGAGCGAGGAGCCAGAAGGUCGUUUGCUUCUUUGGGGUGCGGAGGAAACAGUGGAGCUCUCUUCUGAGCUGGGAAAGGGGCCAUCUCCGAAGUCGGACUUCCGAUGCUUAUUCUUCCAAGGCACGCUGGAGGGACCUCCGUGGCAAAUGCUGAAGAAGGAGGGCAGGCUCCGAGAGCGUCCAGAGAUUCGUCGGUUGUUCUCCUCCGUGCGAAGUUUCGCGUCGCCCAGCAAGGUCCUGCCCAUACGCCGCGAGGCUGGUUGUGGCUAUGGAGGCCCCAGCGACGUAAAGCACGUGGCACUGCACGUGCGUCGUGGUGAUGUUGGAGAAGCUGCUGGCUAUUCACUGACGCAGCAAUUGGAACCGGCAGCUUUCUCCAGGUGGCUGUGCGGGCUCGCUAGGGCAGUGGCGGAGCCAUUAGACGUUCGGCUUGCCAUCCAUGUCUUCACGGAGGCAGUCGGGCAAAGCCGCGACACACUGGUGAAAGUGGGUCUGCCAGGCUUUGUCUUUGCACCAUCAGCUGUCGACGAGUUGCCGAUCUUCCACACCUUGGCUAAAUUGGAGGUGGAUCCGGCCUGCAGCGCGCUGGUUCUGCCAGAGGUUCACGUGGUUGUGAACAAUAACCCACGGCAGGCGCUGCUCUGCAUGGCACGUGCCGAUGUCCUUGUCACCAGUUUGAGCAGUCUCAGCUGGACAGCAGCCGUUGUCAAUCCUGGACUUGUUCUCCAUCCUCCGCCGAAGGAAGAGGAGAGAACUCACUGGGACCUGCGAUCUCAGUAUCUGGACUGGGCCGACAACUGGUUUGCAGCAGCAGAUGUUUGGCGAAUUCCAGAAAAGCUCCAGCAAGUUUUCGCUGAGUACCUCCGGAGUCUGGAGCCAGAAGUGAGCAAGCCAGACCCAAAAAUCAAGAGCGCUUCCAGAGUUGCAGAGGUCGGCAGUGCCGGAAGGCCCAGUUUCAAUCCAGAACACUGCUGA